CACAGAGCAGGAAUUCCGCCUAUGCGCCGAUGACAGCGUCGAUGGGGCAACAGCGGUGAUGACCAUCCUCCGGCACUACAGAUCUGUUGCCCGGCGACAAGAGGCGAUCAACUAACCAGCUGGGAGCAACUUGGCAGCCGCGUGAGCGCUGACACACAGCUGUUUGGGCCACCGGGGUUGUCAGACUUUACAGGCGUCAGAUGAAGCCCUGAUGCUCUGAGUUGGACCGGUGCCUUUUCUCCACUCCAGCCCCCUCGCUGGGAUUAUUGGGACUAACUUCCUCUUGCUGGACAGUUUCACAGAUAAGACUAUGGAUUUGUUCGGGGUGCUGCGCUUGGACGAGCUGUCCCACGGGCUGGCAAACUUGUCCAUGUUUCCAUACUUUGACAUGGCGCACUAUAUCGUGUCAAUCAUGGCUUUGAGGGAGCAGCCAGGCGCUCUUGAGGUCUCCAAAGUCAGCCCCUUGGCCUGCUGGUUCAGCUCCAUGCUCUUCUGCUUUGGAGGAGCUGUGCUAUCUGCCAUCAUGCUGGCCGAGCCACCUGUCGCACCUUUGUCCAACAGCACCAGUGUUCUGCUUGCUUCAGUCAUCUGGUACCUAGUGUUUUACUGCCCCAUGGACCUGGUGUACUGUUGUGCCGCCCUGCUGCCUCUCAGGCUGGUGCUGUCAGGGAUGAAGGAGGUGACCAGGACGUGGAAGGUGCUCGGAGGGGUCAUCCAGGCACACAACAAAUACAAGGAUGGUUUGUUGGUUAUGAUUGCCAUAGGGUGGGCUAAAGGUGCUGGAGGUGGUUUAAUAAGUAACUUUGAGCAGCUUGUUCGAGGCGUAUGGAAACCAGAAACUAAUGAGCUCCUCAAGAUGUCUUACCCCACUAAGAUCACCCUGAUCGGGGCGGUGCUGUUUGCUCUGCAGCAGACCCACUACCUGCCUCUCCAGAAGCACCACCUGAUGCUCUUCUACACCGUCUUCAUCGUUGUCAACAAGUCAAGGAUGAUGCUGACAGGCUCCUCCGCCUUGCCUUUCGCUAACAUUGAGUCAGCCAUCUACAAGACCCUCUUCUCCGGCCACUCUCCUUACGCCGCCCUAACCGAUGAGGUAAAGAGAGCCUGUAUCGAUAACGGAAAUACCUCUACCACCACAACCAAAGAGUCAGGGAAGCAAACCCCCGUUUCUCCUGUCAAGGGACAAAGUGGAUCGCUCAAAGCCAAAGAGGAGUCAGAGAACACUGAGACAACAAACUGCAAGAAGACCAACUAGUCAGCCUCUGCCCGAUAGCGCCUUUUCACCUCUAAGCAGGGCUGAGGAGUCAUUUCUGAUUCAGAUUUGUCACAUCAGGACUGAAACUUUUAGAGUUAUUUUUCUUUUAUCAGGAGAUAUGAUUUUUUUCUUACUGGCUGAAAUCUUUUCCCUUUUUCAUUUCAUUUCAUUUUUCAUUUAAAUUCCGAGUGCUGAAAUAGAAUUUCAAUAAGAGCCGGCUCCAACCAACCCCGCACCUUAGUGUGGGAUAAUCACCCUGUCCUUAAAGUACUGUGAUAUUUAUGCUGUCAAAUGUGAACAUCAUACUAUCCUUGGGCUGUAUGCACACUUGCAGUACAAUGUGUAGCUUAAUUUGUAAUAUCUAUUUAUAACGAGUACAAACUGUUGAUAAUUUUAUCUCUGGGUUUUGGGAACAGUGCUGUGCACCUGCUGAUCUAUGAAUGUCUAUGUAUCUUUUGCUGCUUCAUGUAAAUGCUAUAUUUCCUACUCUGAAAUCCUCCAAAAGAUUUUUUUAAAAGAGAUUAUAUUCUAUGACACGCAGAUAUUUUAUUCUAUUUAUACUAAAUAAUUGCGCAUUUCGAAAUGAAUUAAAACUUUUUAUUAUAUUCUAUUUCUUUGGUGAAUGCUUUGAAUUAUAUUUAAA